GUCUGGAAAUGGCAGCAGGAAGACUUACCUGCCUCACCUAAUCCCUCAGUGCCCUGACAGACCGUCCCAGAGCCCAGGGUCUGUUUGACAUUCACAGAUGUAACCCAUAGUGUGCGUCUUCUGGGAGGCAGGAACCAGCAAACAUAAGUAACCGUUUGUCUUCAAAGUGCUUCCAACUUCUAUGGGAAGGCAUUCAGAUGUCUGAAGACCCUUGUGACCCUGAGGCCAGUGCCUCUUUGAAGCCAAAACUGACUGAAGCAAACAGAGACACCCAGUGCCACUGAGUUUCAAAGCUGAGAUGAAACUUUAUCUAAAACUGGAGGAUGGGACUGAUGUGCAUCUAUCAUCUAUGAGGAAUACAGAAGAUAGGCAUGGUGAUUCGCACUUGUAAAUCAUCCAACACUGGGAAGGCUGAGGCAGGAUGGUUACCUGAAGUUCAAAGCCUACUCAUAGUGAAUUCCAGGCCAGUCUGAGCUGAAGUAUCUUGUCAGAGAGAGAGAGAGAGAGAGAGAGAGAGAGAGAACAGAUAGAGACAGAGACAUUCACUGACCUUUCAUACAACCAGCAGUCAUGGCACAGCCAAGUGCAGGGUAGGAUUCGGCAGAAUGAGCUCAGAAAACAGAUUUUGGACUAAAGGUUUUAGCAAACACUUCCCACUGCUCAGCACUGCUGAAUCAAGUCUGUGAAGAGCCUUGAGGCCAGUGUGGAACAAUCCAGACCUCAUGGAUGAGUUUGCUGAUCCUAAAGUGAUCAGAGAGUCCACAAGACUGGUCACGUGAGUGGUCACACCUCCACAAACUCACAGUGUGGAGGAGGACACACAUGCAUGUAGGGAGCGGUGCGACAGCUGUAUGAUAAUGAGGUGAAUCUGGCGCCCUCCUAACAACAGUACUGAGCAUGCGUGGAGUUUUGCACCUGACGUCAGUCUGGCUGGGGCGGUACUAUGCUAAAUGGGAGUUCAUGCCUCGCCAAUCUCUGGAGGACAAGUAGCUGGGAUGGCAGUGGGGUGACUCGUGCCCCACCAAUCCCUGAAAGAAGAUUAGCAUACUGUUGUGUAUAUAAGCCAAGCGGCGCGGUAACACUUAAAGCUGUAACACUUGGAGCUGUAACACUUAGGGCUGGCUGCCGCCGCCUCCCUGUAUCAACAAAGAAGGUCUCCUGCAGUAAAGGCUGUUGAGAAGAAUCCAACCGUGUUGCGUCUUCCUUGCCGGACGAGGUGGGCGCGACAAAGUGGUGGCCCGUACGGGGACGAGGACAUCCUCGUGGAUCUCAGAACUCUUCAGCUUCAGGACGAGCGACGUCGGAAAAGUUCCCGAAUCAAGAAAAUCCAAUUUGGGUACCUGAGCGCUUGACUCGAAAAUUGCCUUCUGAAGAUGAGACUACGAACCCUACUAUUGCUAUUGGGAAUGAUAAUACAGGUUAAUUCAAUCACCCUGUGGGCUAUUGCCAGAUCCUGGCCAGUACCCAUGCCAGUCCAUAGCAAUUCUACUGUUUUACCAACCUUUUUCUCUACCUCCUGUUUGCGUGAUGUUCCUUGUAUAGUGCCAACUGGACAAAUGCCCCAACGGUAUGCCGCCACUAACGUUUCUCUGUUGCAUACCUUAUGUUUUACCAUCAAAGACUCUUCCCUGCCCUGUAUUUGGUUACGUAGAGCCACGUUAGCUAAUUGGUUGAAUCCUAUAAGUGACAGCACAAUGAACACCGGGAUCAUCCUGGCUGCUUUGAGUCAAAUUGCCCAGGGAGUCUCUUCACCCAGCGAGGACAUGUCAGUCGAUAGUUCUGCUGAUCUGAACAUUACAACACUAAUUGUGAUGCAUAAUUGUAGUGUUCCAUCACGCCCAGGACAAGGUAACUAUGCACAGAAUAGCUCUACCCGUCGUAGAGUCUUACCCGCUUGCCCCCCGCAUCAAGAGUUUCCACCUAAUUUUACCCCAUGUCAGAGUCCAUUCCAUAGAACAAAACAAUUCCUACCGGGAUUUGAAUUUUCCCCUCCUCUUGGCCAUGUACAGUAUGACUGGGGGGAGAAUAAGACUGGCAAGCAUAAUCUCUGGCCUUGGUUUCAGUGGGUGCUGUCCAAUGAGCAAGGGGCAUAUACAUCCCUGACCCCCUUUGCUAGGUUGAUGGGUGAGAACUUCACGCUGUAUAAUGUUUCGGCUACCAGAAAAAAUGAUACCAGGUUGACCAAUAUUCAAUAUAAUAACCUUUUGGAACAUAAUACUGCCACUAGUACUUCAGUAUGUGUUAGAUCACCUUUUUUCUUUCUGAUAAGCACUAAUGUCAACAAUGGUGUUUUAAAUUGUAAUAGCUCUGAUGUAGUCUGCUAUUUAGCUGAAUGCUGGGAUGGCAACAAUGACACCGCAGUGAUGGUUAAGAUUCCCUCCUUUGUGCCAAUCCCAGUGGAGGCAAACCCAGAUAGUUUUCCUAUUCUCAAUUUGCUGAGAACCAAAAGAGAUUUUGGAAUUACGGCAGCCAUAAUUUCAGCCAUCGUGCUGUCUGCUGCCGCAGCUACCACAGCUGCAAUUGCUAUGACCAAUCAAAUACAGACGGCUGAGACUGUCAAUCAGAUUGUAGAAAGAACUGCAAUGGCACUAGAGAUACAAGAAGAAUUUAAUACUCAUUUGGCAUCUGGCCUUCUAUUAGCCAAUCAAAGGAUAGAUUUAGUUCAAGAACAAAUUGAAGCACUGUAUCAUAUGACACAGCUGUCUUGCGUUUCCUCCCUAAGAGGUUUAUGCAUUACUCCUUUACAAGCCAACUUUUCUCAGCAUUCUCAACAGAGCAAAGAAAUCUCAAAUUAUCUGAAAGGAAACUGGUCCAUGAAAGCAGAGCAACUAUCCAGACAAUUGCUGAUGCAGAUUGCUGUCCUCAACAGCACUAGGCUGGACCCCAUCACAAUUGAAGACUUUACCUCAUGGAUUACCAAUGCUUUCUCCUUUUUUAAGGAGUGGGCGGGCAUGUUUGCCUGGGGAGCUAUUGUCCUCCUGGGAUGCGGAGUAUGUCUCUGGCUUAUUGGCCGUUUAAAAAGAGAACAUGCCAGACACAAAGCGGUUGUUUACCAGGCUAUGACUGCCAUUGACAAUGGUGCUUCUCCCAAUGUAUGGCUGGCCUCUUUGAAAGAUUAAGAGUUCGCCCUAGAUCAUUUUUGUCACAGUCAUGUGGGGUCAUUGUAUCCAGGGACGGGCAACUUUCCUCGAGCUCGGACCAACCUAAGACACGGGGCCCGGUGGCGAUAGGGUGACCCAACGACGGGUAAGGCCGAGUCAUCGUCAGGAACGACCUAAGACAGGAGCAAUGACAAGAUUGACGUGACACCGAGAUCUAGACCAGUCAUUUUAUUAAACAAAAAAGGGGGAGAUGUAGGGAGCGGUGCGACAGCUGUAUGAUAAUGAGGUGAAUCUGGCGCCCUCCUAACAACAGUACUGAGCAUGCGUGGAGUUUUACACCUGACAUCAGUCUGGCUGGGGUGGUACUAUGCUAAAUGGGAGUUCAUGCCUCGCCAAUCUCUGGAGGACAAGUAGCUGGGAUGGCAGUGGGGUGACUCGUGCCCCACCAAUCCCUGAAAGAAGAUUAGCAUACUGUUGUGUAUAUAAGCCGAGCGGCGCGGUAACACUUAAAGCUGUAACACUUGGAGCUGUAACACUUAGGGCUGGCUGCCGCCGCCUCCCUGUAUCAACAAAGAAGGUCUCCUGCAGUAAAGGCUGUUGAGAAGAA